AUGUUUGGUAUUGGAAAACACGCUUACAAUUCAUCUACGACAAGCAUUUAUCUAUUUUUAUUUAUUCUUCUUGUCAAUCAAUUGCUGAUCGUGAAUUCGUUUCGACUUAUGUAUCAUGAUUCGACUGAGAACGAACCGGACGAGGCAAGACGAGCAACUUUCGGACAAUCAGAAUUUGAAAAUGUUGCAUUUUUAGACAAAUCUUUAUUGCAUGCUAAUAAUUUACAGCCACUAAUAAAGCCAAAAUUUGAACGUCGAUUCUGUUGUAUGAGCCCAUUACUCAGUGGUCGGAAACGAUCAAUACGAGAUUUAACAAAAAAACAAAUCGAAAGACAACAAGCAUAA